AUGACGUCGAUUUCAUUGUCUAACAAAGAUCUACCUUUUGGAGGAAAAAUAAUUGUUCUUGGAGGUGAUUUUCGACAGGUUUUGCCUGUUAUUCCUAAAGCUUCUCGUGCUGAGAUUGUUAUGGCAUCAAUCAAUUCUUCAAUUCUUUGGAAGCACUUUGAAGUGUUGACGUUGACAAAAAAUAUGCGGUUAGAAAGUGCUACAAAUCAAUCAAAUUUGGAAGAAUUGAAAAGGUUUUUCGAUUGGAUUCUUCAGAUUGGAGAAGGGCGUAUUGGGACAAUAAUUAACGAAAAGCUUUUAGUUCAAAUUCCAAAUGAGUUUCUGAUUUUUCCUUCUGAUAAUCCAAUUGAUGAUAUUAUAAAUGCAAUUUAUCCUGACAUAGUUAGAAACUUUGAUGAUACUGAUUUUUUCCAAGACAGAGCCAUAUUAGCUCCAACAGUAGAGAUUGUUGAAGAAAUCAAUGAUCACAUUGUUCAAUUGCUACCUGGGACAGAAAAAGAGCAUCUAAGUGCUGAUUCUAUAUGUGGUAGUGAUGCUUAUUGUGACGUUGAUGUUGAUUGGAUAAAUACUGAAUUUUUGAAUCAAAUAAAAUGUUCAGGGUUACCGAAUCACUCAUUGAAAUUGAAGAAAUGUGUGCCUAUUAUUUUGUUGAGAAAUAUUGAUCCAGCUGGUGGCUUAUGCAAUGGUACUCGCCUUAUUGUUAGAGAUCUAGGAACAAAUGUGAUUGGAGCUGAGAUUGUCUCAGGGAGUCACAUUGGAGAUAAAGUUUUCAUUCCUCGGAUGAAUUUAAUUCCGAGUGACGCUGGGAUACCUUUCAAAUUUCAACGGAGACAAUUUCCUAUAAACUUCUAUUUUGCAAUGACUAUCAAUAAGAGUCAAGGUCAAACUCUAUCCAGUGUUGGACUGUUCUUGCGUCGACCGGUAUUUUCUCAUGGUCAACUCUAUGUCGCUAUUUCUCGAGUGAAGAGCAAAGAUGGUUUAAGAAUUUUGGUUCUUCGUGCCACAGCCUACAUCGCCGACACCAGCCCACCACCCACGUCGGAGAACUCGAUGAUUCACAGCACGCUGUUCAUCACCGCCCCUGUUCUGCGUUCGUCGGCCGUCGCCCCUGUUCUGCGAUCUACUUCCAAUUUUACUUCUGCUUCACUGCGUUUGCCUCCCGACCUCCCCUGUUCGUCGCCCCUGUUCUGCACUGCCAAUCUACUUCCAUUCUGUCCCUGUUCUCAAAGUUGUGGUAUGAAUUCUGUAAUUUUGGUUCCGAACUUCUGA